AUGUCUUACAGAAACAGUACGAGUUCGAGCAAGUAUCAGGAAUUUGACCCUGAAUCGGGCGAGAUCUCUAGAAAAAGGUCGUUGAUUAAGCCGGAAAGGAGAAAUAUAGAUCCCAACCAUCCAAGAUUCCAUUAUACCCAGGUUGCGAACCAGGAAUCUGAUCAUCUCAAGAUCCAGCCGUCGUCCACAGGUCUAGAACCACAAACCUCGAAUGAUGGAUUACAUGCGAGCACGUCUUACCAAGGAAACUCCGUAAGCGAGGAAGAAGGUAUUCCAUUGAUGGAUAUCCGCGAGACCAACGACUCGAACGAAACCCCCAACUUGAAGGGCGGGAGAGAGGUGUUUGGAUUGAAUGAUGAGAUUGACGAUUACAACAACAGUCCUAGUAAGAAAAAUGUCAUUUCCAGACCUCUUAAGGCUGCCUAUUUAGAAGAGGAGAAGAAGCCAAAGCAUGAUAUCUACUUCUGGAAGGUUUACUGUUAUGUUAUAACCUUCUGGGCUCCGGCGCCUUUUUUGAAGUUGUUUGGUUUACGAAACAAACAAAGUCAGUUCGCAUGGAGAGAAAAAAUGGGGUUGAUUUCGUGUAUCUUGUACAUUGGUGCAUUUGUGGCAUACUUAACUUUUGGAUUUACUAAGACUGUUUGUUCUAGUACAAGAGUUAGAACCCAGAUUAACCAUGUUAGUGACGGUUACUUGAUUAUUAACGGAAGAGCUUUUGAUUUGACAUCUUCUCAACAUCCAAAGGCUGCUGGUAUCGAGUCUGGUGCCAAUGUUUUAUAUCCACCAUUAGCUGCUGGCGGGAAGGAUGCGUCAUUUCUCUUUCAGAAUGUCAAUGGUAAUUGUAAAGACCUAAUUACGCCAAGGGAUAACUGUACCAUACCAACAAAUGAUGAUAAUGAAUUAGCUUGGUAUAUGCCUUGUCGUUUAUUCAACCAAGAUGGUUCUUCCAGUCCCAAUUUCACUAAAGCAUAUUACGAUGGUUGGGCGUGUCAUACAAGCUCAUCCGCAAGAAAUGCGUAUUAUGAUAUGGAAGUUAAUGGGGAUGUUUAUUUUACAUGGGAAGAUCUCAAGAAUAGUUCUAGGAAUUUAGUGGUUUAUUCUGGGAACGUUUUGGACCUUGACUUAGUUGAUUGGAUUCAAUCAACGGACGUUGAAUAUCCGCAACUUUUUGAUAAGUUGAGAGAUGAUGAAACUUACAAAGGUCUUGAUAUUUCUUUGGUGUUGACUAACAGUGACGAAAGGAAAGCAGCAAGAUGUUUGACAGAAAUUAUAAAGGUUGGUACCAUCGAUACUGAGACUAUUGGUUGUAUUGCGUCACAGAUCGUUUUAUACGUUUCUUUGGUCUUCAUUUUAUCUGUCGUUAUUGCAAAGUUUUUAAUGGCUUGUUAUUUUAAAUGGGGAAUAUCUACGAAGCAAGGUGCGACUGACCUUGAUAACAAGUCUAUGUUUGAAAGAAAUAAGGAAAUCGAAAAUUGGGUUGACAAUCCAACUGCCAACGGACCUAUCAGUACAGUUCCAGUGAAAGCAAGAGCUAAUUACAAAACCGCUAAGACUAAUAGACAAACUGUUUUCAAAAAGGGUAACAGACUUUCAUUAGCUCCAAAUAAUGAAUUAUCGCAAUAUUAUGAUAACGCUGAUCAUAUAUCUAAAAACUUUAAAUACACCACCAUGACUACACAGGCUGCAUUUAUUGGCCGUAAUAAGAACAAGUCAUUAACAAAAACGAAUACAAGACUGUCCAUGUUAUUAUCUGAUGAUCGUGCUUCAUCGAUGGAUAUGUUAAAUAGACCAGGUUCACUCUACAAUCCUUUCGAGGGGUUUGAAGAUUAUCCAGUAAAUGGUUUAUCACCUGAUAUUAUUCAUCCUGAUGUCGUGCCACAACCCCCAGUUGAAUAUCAACCAUUUGGUAUGCCUUUAGCUCACACGAUUAAUUUGGUUACAUGUUAUUCAGAAGACGAAGAGGGUUUACGUACCACAAUGGACUCAGUUGCAACUACCGAUUUCCCAAAUUCUCAUAAGUUGAUUUUUGUAGUCUGUGAUGGUAUAAUUAAAGGUUCCGGUAAUGAUUUAACAACUCCUGAAAUAGCCUUAAGUAUGAUGACAGAUUUCACUAUUCCGCCGGAAGACGUAAAGCCAUAUUCAUAUGUAGCUGUUGCUCAAGGUAGUAAGCGUCAUAACAUGGCAAAAGUUUACGCUGGAUUCUACAGAUAUAAUGAUGAGACUGUUCCACCUGAAAAACAACAAAGAGUUCCUGUUUUAACUGUAGUCAAAUGUGGUACUGUUGAUGAAGCUGAUGCAGCUAAACCAGGUAACAGAGGUAAACGUGAUUCUCAAAUUAUUUUAAUGUCAUUUUUGCAAAAAGUUAUGUUUGAUGAAAGAAUGACAGAUUUGGAAUAUGAAAUGCUUAACAGUAUUUGGAGAGUCACAGGAUUAAUGGCUGAGUUUUAUGAAAUCGUUCUAAUGGUUGAUGCAGAUACGAAAGUAUAUCCAGACAGUUUAACGCACAUGGUAGCGGAAAUGGUUAAGGACCCAAUGAUCAUGGGAUUGUGCGGUGAAACUAAGAUUUCCAAUAAGUCGACAACUUGGGUUACUGCUAUUCAAGUUUUUGAAUAUUAUAUCUCUCAUCACCAAGCCAAAGCUUUCGAAUCAGUUUUUGGUGGUGUCACAUGUCUACCUGGUUGUUUCUGUAUGUAUCGUAUCAAAGCUCCAAAGGGAUCAGAUGGAUAUUGGGUUCCAAUUUUAGCAAAUCCUGAUAUUGUUGAAAGAUAUUCUGAUAACGUUGUGGACACAUUACACAGAAAGAAUUUAUUAUUAUUGGGUGAAGAUCGUUACCUUUCCUCAUUGAUGUUGAGGACCUUCCCUAAAAGAAAACAAGUUUUUGUACCGAAGGCAGCUUGUAAGACGAUUGUUCCUGAACAAUUUAAAGUUUUGUUAUCCCAACGUCGUCGUUGGAUUAAUUCCACGGUGCAUAACUUGAUGGAAUUAGUUUUGGUUAAUGAUUUAUGUGGUACUUUCUGUUUUUCGAUGCAAUUCGUUAUUUUUAUUGAAUUGGUGGGUACGUUGGUCUUACCAGCUGCGAUUUGUUUCACAAUUUAUGUUAUCAUCGUUGCUAUUAUUUCGACACCAACUCCGAUCAUGUCAUUAGUUCUUUUGGCUGUCAUAUUCGGUUUACCUAGUAUGUUAAUUGUUGUCACAGUCUCUUCAUGGACCUAUGUCGUUUAUUUCUUCAUUUAUCUUAUUGCUUUACCAAUUUGGAAUUUUGUUUUGCCAAGUUAUGCCUUCUGGAAAUUUGAUGAUUUCAGUUGGGGUGAAACUAGAACUGUUGCUGGUGGUGAUAAAGGUGAUCAUAGUGUAGAGGAGGGUAAAUUCGAUUCAUCGCAUAUUGUUAUGAAGCGUUGGAGAGAAUUUGAAAGGGACCGUAGAAACCAGGAAUCUGGCCUUGCUGUUCCAGGUGCAACAUGGGAUCCAUCAAAUACCGAAAAGUUUAAUGAUGAGGACUAUUCUGAAGAAUCCACUGCUUCUCCAUGA